AUGGUUGCUGUGCAGACCGUUAACGCUACCCUACCCCUGGUGUCCGGGGGCUGGAGCGCCGAGAAGGACUUCAAGGCCGUUGGUGCUCUGUCCGGCGCUACUCAGAGGAACUUGGAGCCCGUUGGUCCUUAUUUCCUGGCUCACGCUCGCCGUGCUCGUCACGGCCGUACCUUCUCCGAGGAUGAGCGCAUCCAGGCCCAGAACACUGCCAAGAAGACCGAGGACGACCAGGACGACGACAUCUCGGACACCGAGGAUGCCAUGCUGCUCUCCCGCGAAGCCAAGGACUGGAAGAGCCAAGACCACUAUGCUGUCCUGGGUCUUGCCAAGUACCGCUGGCGCGCAACCCCCGACCAGAUCAAGCGUGCCCACCGCAAGAAGGUCCUCCGCCACCACCCCGACAAGAAGGCCGCUAUGGGAGAUCGCGACGAGAACGACCAAUUCUUCAAGUGUAUCCAGAAGGCCGCCGAGCUGCUUCUCGACCCUGUCCGUCGCCGCCAGUUCGACUCCGUUGACGAAGCCGCCGAAGUUGAGCCCCCGACCAAGAAGGAGGCUGCCGCUAAGGGUAAAUUCUUCAAGCUAUGGGGACCUGUUUUCGAGUCUGAGGCUCGUUUCUCCAAGAUUCAGCCUGUGCCUUUGUUCGGUGACGACAACACCACUCAGGAGGAGCUUGAGAACUUUUACAACUUCUGGUACAACUUUGACAGCUGGAGAUCGUUCGAGUACCUCGACGAGGACGUGCCCGAUGACAACGAGAACCGCGACCAGAAGCGUCACAUCGAGAAGAAGAACGCCAACGCCCGCCGUAAGCGCAAGACCGAGGACACUACCCGUCUCCGUAAGAUCCUAGACGACGCUUCGAGCCAGGACGAGCGUAUCAAGAAGUUCCGCCAGCAGGCCCGUGCCGGCAAGGACAAGAAGCGUCUUGAGAAGGAGGCCGAGGCCAAGCGUCUGGCCGAGGAAAAGGAGAAGGCUCGUCUUGAGGAAGAGCAGCGCAAGAAGGACGCCGAAGAGGCCGCCAAGGCUGACCGUGAGAAGAACAAGAAGGCCAAGGAGGCCGCCAAGAACGCUGCUAAGAAGAACAAGCGUGUUGUUAAGGCCUCCGUCAAGGAUGUCAACUACUUUGCCGAGGGCGAGCCUUCUGCUACCCAGGUUGACUCUGUCUUGACUGACCUUGACCUUAUCAUGGGCAAGCUCGAGGCUGAGGACCUUGCUUCGCUUGCUGAGCGUCUUACUGCUGCUGGCAAGGAUGCUGGCGCUGUCAAGAACGUGUAUGUUGAGGAGGUCAAGAGACUGGUUGGUGCUGGUAAGCUCAAGGAGGGCGAGGCCAAGUCUUUUGCUUAA